UCCAGCUCGCGUUUUGCUUCUCGCUCAGCGGUGCAGGGUCCAGCCAAAGCUGAGCCCCAGCUACACUCCUUGAGGUCUGUCCUGGGGAGACUUCGCUACUCUGGGGGCUGACCUGGCCGGGAAUAGCCGUGCAUUCCGCUCCUAGCACCACUUUGUGCACGCUGCAACUGGAGUUUCAAUUCCGGGGUCUGCACUCGCCUCUGGACACCCUCUCCACUCCUUAGUCAUGCACCUCUACCUGCCUCUCCACCGCGGACAUUGGGGGAGCAGCUGCCCACCCCGGGUGUUUGGGCCCUGACCGAGCCAGAUGACCAAAAACCUCACGUGACUGGACGUGGCAACGGCCCAGUUUCUCCUCAGAAGGAAGGCUUCCACAAAGGACCAAUGAUUCUGGGCCCUGCAUCCUUGCAUUGCUUCCCAUUCUACAGCCAUGUCUCGGUCCCGCCAUGCAAAGCCUUCCAAAGCAGUCAGGACAGGUCUACAGAAGAAGAAAACGACAUUAAAGCAGGGUGUCAAACAUGGGGAGUCAGGGAAGCUGGACCCUGGAAAGCUGAACCAAGUAACUCAAAGAGAUGGUAAGAAAGAACCAGAAGACAAAAGCCCCACACCACCCAGAAGCCUUCUGACCAGAGCUGGGGCAGCCAGAAUGAAUCAGGAUAGGACCCAAGUUGAGAGUCCAGAGUCCUUAGCUGCCAGUGGGUUUACAAUGGCUCUACGAAGAAGCUCUCUGAUCAGGCGACUCUCCCAGAGCCCGGUCGUUACACCCAGACCGAAGAAAGUGUCACCUGCUAAGAGUGUUUCCAAGCAGCAGUGUCCUCGCGAUACCCAGGAUGAUGAGACCCAGGAUGACGUGGUGGCAGAGCACUCGGAAAAUGAUUGCAUCCCCAGCCAAGACCCCACCGCGUCCCCGGAUCCAGAGAACCUAAUUGGUGAAGAGAGCUUGUGUUUAGUUGAAGGUGAGAUCCAAGAGAUAACCCAGUCUUGGCCUCAAACAAUAGAAGGUUCCCAAAGCUGUCCUGCAACAGAUAUUCCUUCUGGGCCACUGGAAGGGACACACUGUGAAGGACUACUCGCUCUUCAGACAUCAGAUGUCAGCACAUCCCCUCAGGAGUGUGCGCCUUUGUCCCAAAGAUCAGCACCAGAAGUCACCUCUCAGAAAAACACUAGCAAUCAGUUUGAAGACUUGGGGUCACAAGUAAACUCUCUUAAGCUAUCAGAUCCUCCCCUGAAUCCUGUGGGAAAUGAAUCUAAUUGCUUUCCCACCUCCAGUUUUAAGAUUCUACCUGAAUUGGACCUUAAAAACUGCAUGUCUCUUGAUGGGUCUGUGUAUCCCACAGCUCUGAUAAGAUUCCUCUUGGCAGGCUCACAGCCAGAUACACUUGGUGCUAAACUCCAAGAAGAAACUGGCAAAACUAACCCUGACCAAGGUGGAUGCUAUACAGAUCAAUAUAUAUUUGGUGCUAAACCCCAAGAGGGACUACUCAAAACUAACCCAGAGCAAGAUGUUUUUGGUGCUAAACCCCAAGAAGGAAUCCUCAAAACUAACCCAGAUCGAGGUGGGUGCUAUCCAGAUCAAAAUACGUUUGGUGCUAAACCCCAAGAAGGAACCCUCAUAACUAACCCAGAUCAAGAUAUGCUUGGUGCUAAACCCCAAGAAGGAACCCUCAUAACUAACCCAGAUCAAGAUAUGCUUGGUGCUAAACCCCAAGAAGGAACCCUCAUACCUAACCCAGAUCAAGAUGGUUGCUACCCAUACCAAUUUCUGGAUGGCAUUUCUGCCCUAGGACAAGCUUUCGGUGCUCUCCCACCUCAGUGGGUAUUUCCUGGUGCUAACUUAGUUCCUGGUGAGGCCCUGGGCAAGGUUUCAGGCCUACCAGAGGAUCUUGGUGCUAUAACUAUGCUAACCCAACAAGGAACUAUGAAUAUGAAUAUGGCUGCUCCCCCAGAUCUGCCUGUCUUCCUUCCAAACCCUAUAGUCCCAUUGGCUACCUACAGUACUCCUCCCGGGCCUGAGCCCCACAGCUUUGCCUCCUGUGGGCUUGAGGUCCAAGGUGCUAUCCCUUUAACUUUGGACUCAGGACAUGCUCCAGCAAACUCCGAGAUGAGUUCAAUACCUCCAGCAGUAGCUGCAACCAGUGUACAAGAUGAGAAGCAGUUUUGUGAAAACCCUUCUCCAGUGAACAGGCAAGGGUUUACCACUGACCCUGAGAGUGGACUCCAGCAUGCUCCCCUGGAUCUUACCCAGGGCCCUCAGGCUACCUCCAGCAAAGUGGAAGGGGGGAUUUCUCAGGUCAACACGGCCAGCUCCACUGAUGGCAAAGCCACUGGGAUGUCUAUGCCAGUGUCACAGGCCAGUACCUCUUCUUCACAAAAAUCCACACUGCCAACGGUGGAGAGGAAGAAACGCAAGCCGUGCGGGGUCUGUGAGCCCUGCCAACAGAAGACCAACUGCGGUGAGUGUACCUACUGCAUGAACAGAAGGAACAGCCACCAGAUCUGCAAGAAGAGGAAAUGCGAGGUGCUCAAAAAGAAGCCGGAUGCCACUUCUUUGGUACAGGUUACAAAAGAGAACAAGAGACCCCAGAGGGAAAAGAAGCCCAAAGUUUUAAAGAGAGACAAUAACAACAAACCAGUAAAUGGCCUCAAAUCAGAGUCCAUGGAAGACAGUCAAUGUGGCCAUGGGGAAGAGCAGAGAUUGGAUUUGAAUUCACAACCCCUUGAAAAUGUAGGGAAGAGUGCAGAGAGCAUGACAGGAAUUGAGGUGGAGAACUGGACACCAAACAAGAAAUCAAGCCCAGAGAGUCAAGUCAAGGGAGACCUCGAUACAAAUUUAACUGAGGUUGGAAAGCCCCAGCCCUCUGAAGAUGACAAGCAACAAAGCCAGCCUUCCCCGAUGUUUCCUCAGGCCAUAAGAAACGGCAUGAAAAAUGUGUACUGUUUACCUAUGGACACAAACCUUCCAAUCAACAAAUUGGAUCUUGAAGAAAUUAGCAAGGUGCUAGGAAAUAGUUCCUCUAAAUUGCUGCCUGACCCCUCCAACGGCAAGGAUGCCAUGAACUCUGUCGCUUCCGAUGGGAGCUGCGAUCAUCUCAAGGGGUCGAGCGACGCUUUGCUCUUCCAGAAGCCUGGCUUGAACUGCCAGUCUGCUGCAGCCCCCACCAUCCCUAAGGAUCGUCCUAAGACACACAGCUCUGGCUGUCAACCCCAGAGCCCCGAGAAGGUACCUAGUAAAGACCCUAAAGAUGACUCUCCAGUUCAGCCAAGUCUUCUGUCACUGAUGAAAGACAGGAGACUCACCCUGGAACAAGUGGUAGCCAUUGAAGCCCUUACGCAGCUUUCAGAAGCUCCAUCCGAGAAUUCCUCGCCAUCAAAACCAGAGAAGGGUGAAGAAACAGAUCAGAGGACAGCUAGUCUGCUUGACAAUUGCAAGGCUAUCCUUAACUCUGUGAGAAAAGACCUCCAAGACCCAAACAUAAAGUGUCUUCAGCACCAGAACACAGAGUUCAAGUUGCCGGAUAGUUCAGCUACUAACCAAACACUUGAAGAUUCGGAUUCACUUACAGCUGGAGAUGAACCUACCUUUGAUAGUUCUAAGAAUUCAUAUCCAUUGCCAGUAGAAAGUCAUACUCCAGAAGACUGCAGUCAGGCACUAAACGGCGACCAAAAUUUGAAUUCCCAGCAUGAGCCAGCAUGCCAGGAUGUGCCCUACAGUCAAAUUGAGGAAGAUGUUGCAGCCCAAUUAACCCAGCUUGCAUGCACAAUUAAUUACAAUCAUAUAAACCCAGACGUCAAGAAUGCCGGAAGUAUACCAGGGAGCCUUGCUACAAAGAAUACACAGCAGAAACCUAGUCAGGAGAAAGGCAUGGCACAAGAGAAACCAGCGUCGAGUAUACAAAACAAACCUAGUGUACCACCAGCAAAGCCAAAGAACAAGACCCAGAAGAAAGCAAAACAGACCCCCAAAACAGACAAGCGGAAAAAGGAACCUUCACUCCCUAGCUCUCAAGAAAACAAUCAGAAGCAAGAGCAACUUGCAACUCAGUAUAGUAACAUGCAUGACAUUUGGAUAUCAUCCAAAUUUCAAAGAUUUGGCCAGUCUGGUCCACACAGUGUUCCCAACAUGUUUGGAAACUCUGCUAUCUUUUCCCAGAAAUUGAAACCAAUAGCUCAGAAUAACAUACCCUUACAACCCUGUAUGACAUUUCUUCCUCUCCGUCAGAUAAAAUUCACGAGACAAUCUGAACUGGCAAAGGAGAAUGUUAAAGUUGAACCACCAGAUGCUCUACCAACAUGCCAAAUCAAGACAGAAUCCAGUGGGCAGGCAAUUGCAGAGCCGGUAGAUAAUUCUCAGGUACAGUCCUCAAUGAAUAGCAGUGAGAAAGCUCACCCUCUGCCUCAGCCCUCCCCUCAGUCCACCCAGUGUGCUAACAUGAUGCCUGGUGCUGCUCAAACACAGUUACAACUAGGCGCUCAAGAGAACCUGGUGCAUCCAAUACCACCGACGUUGCCUGGUACCUGUCCUGAGACACCCUUGCCAGACCCAGCAUCCAUCCUCAGGAAAGGGAACAUGGCAGGUGUGAAUGCGAAGCCGGAAGCGCAAGCACCAAGCCAUGGACCACGGAGCGACUCCUCCACACACAGUGUCCAGAUGGAGUUUUUUGAGCACAUCAAGAAAUACCUUAGAGACCCUGCAAAAUUCUUGCAACCUGAAGUGAAUGAGACAGAAGAGCCAACCUGUGACUGUAAUGAUGGAGGUACACAAAAAGACAAAGGCCCAUAUUAUACACACCUGGGGGCAGGACCAAGUGUUGCUGCUGUCAGGGAGCUCAUGGAGACUAGGUAUGGCCAUAAAGGAAGGGCAGUACGGAUUGAGAAGGUAGAGUACACGGGGAAAGAAGGCAAGAGCUCGCAGGGCUGCCCAGUCGCCAAGUGUAUACUUAGAAGAUCCGGUUCUGAAGAGAAGAUUCUUUGUUUGGCCCGGGUGCGACCCGGUCACUUCUGCGCGAUGACUGUGAUGGUCGUGGUUAUCAUGAUCUGGGAAGCCAUCCCUCGCCCGAUGGCCGACUAUCUGUAUGAGGAGCUCACAAUAAACUUGAGGUCCUACAGCGGGCAUCCCACUGACCGCAGAUGUACCCUCAACGAAAAUCGCACCUGCACCUGCCAAGGCCUCAAUCCAAAGACGUGUGGCGCCUCUUUCUCCUUUGGCUGUUCGUGGAGCAUGUUUUUGAACGGCUGUAAGUUUGGGAGAAGCCCAAACCCCAGGAAGUUCAGACUUGCUCCAAACUAUCCAUUAAACAGCUACUAUAGGAGAAUUACUGGAUCACGACGUUUUAUCAGAAGAAGACGCAUGAGACCCGUAAAACCCAGACAGGUGUUUCCAGAACACAGGGCUCAGGAAAAGAAACUUGAAGAGCUUUUUCAGAAAUUGGCUGACGAUUUAGCUCCCAUUUAUAAGCAGAUGGCUCCGGUGGCUUAUCAAAAUCAAGUGAAAUAUGAAGAUGUUGCCGGAGACUGUCGACUUGGCACUAAGAAAGGCCGUCCUUUCUCUGGUGUCACCUGUUGCUUGGAUUUCUGUGCCCAUUCUCACAGGGACAUUCACAACAUGAUUAAUGGAAGCACUGUGGUUUGUACUUUGCUUCGUAAAGAUGUCCGCGACAAGAAUAAUCCCGAGGACGAACAGCUCCACGUCCUCCCGUUACACCGACUUGCCGACACCGAUGAAUUUGGCUCCCGAGAGGGAAUGGAAGAAAAGAUCCGCUCUGGGGCCGUUGAGAUCGUUCAGCCAUCCAGGAAGAAGCAACUACGUUUCAAUGAGCCUAUUCCUCGGUGUGGGAAGAGGAGGACCACUAUGGCAGAGCAGAACAAGAAACCAGCUCCCUCUGCACUGAAAAGGAAGAGGAGCUCCUCCAGUUCAGACAACACUAAAAGCUUCUCUUCAGCCUCAUUUACUCAUCACCCGGUGAAUGAAGAAGCAGGUACCUGUACGUACAAUAACACAGCCUCAGGCGGGUUUCCAGAAACAAGUAGCGGUGUCCCCUGUACAAUGCCCUCUGGUGCUAAUGUAGCUGCUGGUGCUGGAACCGAACAGCCUGGUGAAGCAGCUGCUCUUCCUCAGCCUUCUCUCCCCAUAGCAGACACCCCUCUCUCCAGCCCAUCUGAGCAGCUACCAUUCCUCAACUGUGCUCACGAACUGGAUUCCUGUCAGGUGGAAGAGGGGCAGCACUCUGAAGCAGAGGAGCCUCUCUCAGAUGGUGCCCUCUCAGAUGACCAGUCCUCCGAGGACGACCAACCUGAGAUUCAGGAGUACUGGUCAGACAAUGAGCUGAUCUUCCUUAACCCUAGCUUUGGCGGAGUGGCCAUAGCACCCAUUCAUGGUUCAGUGAUGAUUGAAUGUGCCCGGAGAGAGCUUCAUGCCACCACCCCUGUGGAAAAUGCCAACCGAAAUGACCCCCUACGGAUGUCCCUGGUAUUCUACCAGCACAAAGGCCUGAUUCUCCCCAGUCAUGGUUUUUAUUUCAACAGGCUUAAGUUUGAGUCUAAAAUUUUUAAGAAAAAGGCUGCAGAACGGAAGGGUCCUGAUAAAUCAUCGUUUGUAGGCAAUUUACUGUGCAAUAUUCCUUCUCGUAUUGCACCCACCUUAACCCGUGACAAUGUUGUCACUGUGUCCCCUUACGCGCUCACUCAUGUUGCAGGACCCUACAACCAUUGGAUCUGAAGGCUUUUUUCCCCAUAAUGCCUUUGCUAGUGCGGUGUAGUUCCUACGGUGCUGUUCAAAAGGAAGUCACGUUGUUGUUUACUUACUGUAACUUCAUUUCACCCAUUUCAACUCCGAGGUCAGAUUUAUGAAGUGGGUGGGUACUUAACUGUGACUAUUUUGAUUGAGAAUUGGUGGAAGCUAUACAUUCUCAGCAAAGAUACUGGUUUUAUAUCUUGGUUAGGCGUUGACCAUGACAGAAUCAUAGUUUGGUGCUCAAAUUAAGUUUCUUUACUACAAAGAGGAUUUUAAGAGGUUCCUACGAGAAGAUGUAAAAACCAAGACACACAGUGUUCGCUCUAUAGUUCCUGGUGCUUAACCACACAACAUGUAGUAAUGAGCCGAAUGAUUGUUUCAUGGUGCCAUCCUCCCAGCAUCUUCCGAUCAUUGCUAUAUGUCUGCACAUUUGAAAUAAACCAAUGAAAUGCUUUCUCUUACAAUAUCUCUCCUGUAUAAAAUAGUUCUUUAUUCUAGUGAUGAUUGGAGGCUAUUCGUUAACUGUAAAUAUAUAUAUUUUUAAAAGCACUUUCUAUUUUUAAAUAAAGUAACUUGAAAUAGCAUAGUAGCAGAAUCCUAUUGUCUAUUAUGUAUGCAUAUUUGCAUAGCAGAAAAGUCAUUUACUGUGUAGAGUUUCAUCCUGUUAACUGCAGCCUGUAUUUAAAUCUGUUCUCCUCAAAAUCCAAAAAAAAUUGAAAACACAAAUUGCCACCAAUAUCAUUUUCCCCCUUUUAACUAGAAAAGUAUCGUCUUUAGUGUCCUCAUGAUUGAUGUUUUCAUCAUGACACAUGUUUUCAAUGGUAGAAGGGGACAAAUUGGGAUCAAUCAAAUCCUCCCAGUGUUUCCACAUGAGAAUAGUUAAGUAACUUUUCCCUCCCAAAUGAGAAAAUAUUUGAGGGGGAAAAUGCUAUUACCACUAUUGCUUCUGGCCCAGAGUCACAAAAAAAAAAAAAUUAUGCUGUAAGCCGAUUAAGAGCCUAUUCAUUAAUCUUAACCUUUGGGGUUUAGGUUAUUGACAAUUUAAUUGGCAAUUCAAACUUCUUGGGUAAUCCCCAUUUUGAAGGUCACAGGUAAAGCUGGCUUUCUGAUUACUUUCGUGUUCCAAGGUUCCUCCCAUAUAUAUAUACACCAAGAAAGACGCCCUAAACAAAACCUAGAACCAAAAGAAAUUCAAAUGCACAGGUGCUAUGACAUUCAAAGAAUUGGAUUUUCCAGAAGUCCAGGAACCCUAAUGGUGCUUCUCAGAUGCCAUACGAAGUCCACGACUAUCAUCAUAAUCUUGGUGCGAAUGCAAACAGUUCCAGCAAAGCUCUCUAGAGAAUAACUUAUUAAAAUAAUAUAUGGUGUGAAUUUUCUGACUAAGGGAAUUGAAGAGGUCAGUAUUGUAAAUAAAGUGUCCAUCAGCAUUCCAUCUGCAAAUAGAUGUGUGAAUACAUACAGUAGGGUAUAUAUAGUGUAUACAGUAGGGUAAUUUGUUGACCUGAUUGUUUUGUGUGCCUUAGAUUUCCGUUUAAGAACAAGUCUAUUUUCAAAGCCUAGGGUUUCUUACACGUGUUAGUAUGUAACUGAUUCUUUGUUGCUUCAGGUGUGUCUGUAUUUGUUAGUGUGUGCUAUCAAGAAAGCUCCCUUUGAAGUUACCUUUGAGGUUUUAGGCCUUAGCUCCCACUAGAAAUUGUUUCCUUGCCACGCCGUGCAUUUAUUCAUCCAUUCAUCCUCAAAUGCACAUUUAAUUUAAUCUUUACAUUUAAUUGAUCCAUUUGAUUUUGCUUUUCCUUAAAUCACCACCUAGGACACAAUCUAAAAGGCAGUGGUGGUGCACACCUUUAAUCCCAGCAGAGGCUGGUGGCUCUCAGUGAGUUCUGGACAGCCAGAAUGAAAAAUCUAAACAAAACAGUAAUGAUUUCCAACUUGAACCUGCUCUGUAAACCACACUGUCCUGGGACUGUUGAGUGCUGGCGAUUAAAGGUGUACGCCACCAUGCCUGGCUCAACAAUGGUCUUAUGAAAAAGCAAAGGAAAUUUCUUUGAGAUGACCUAACACUCUUCCUGAGAAGAUUGGUCUCAUUGUUACAUGACCUCCAUGGUAACUCAGCUGAUGCUCUGAGGACUUUCCCGGUGAACCAGGCUAGCCUACAAUUCACAGAAGUCUGCCUGUCUGCCGAGAUUAAAGCUGUACUCCACCCCUCCACAAGCUGUUUUUCCUUCUUGUGCUUGGCAGCCUCAUAUCUACCAUAUAUAUGUACCUGGUACCAAAUGAACCAUGUCAUUAGCUUCAUGGCAAUAUAUUGUUGGGACAUGAGGCUACAGAGGUCAACUUUUGCAGCAUGUUAGCAGAGCUGCAGGCCAGUCACCAAUCACUUAGCUGAAUGGUAUCCUCGCGUAGCUGACUUGACUAACAGGAAGUAACUACUUUCUAGUACUUUUACUCCUGAUCAACAUUCCACAGUAGUACGUACAAACCUAACAUGUUGAGAGACUUCUAUGUG